AUGAAUAAUUCGUUUGAUAUGAAUGUGACACACACCAACUCGCCAUAUCGAAGACAGGAUAUGGAGGUGGAGGACGGGGAAAAAGAGAGCUCAUCACAGUAUUGUAAAGGAUUUUUCGAUGCACUGCGUGUUGUUCAAUCUUCAAAUAAAUUCGAAUUCAAUGGAGUCACCUCUCCCGUUCUCCCAAACAACCUCUCUACAACUGCCUUCAGUCCAAUCACUCCAGCAACUGCAAGCGACAUGCAUACUAUUGUAAUGUCAAUUCUUGGUACUCCAAUCACGGGUGCUCCAGCAAUUCAGCCACUUUCUUCACCAACACUUCUUCCAUUGGUGACAAGUGGAGAUCUUCAAAUGGAUGACCUGUCUAUGAAGCUUCUCGCUUCUUCUGCUAUUCCCGGACCUCCAAUUGUGUCAUCUUCCAACUCACCAGACUCAUCCACAACUGCAGUCAAUACUUCUCAAAUUACGACUCUUCCGCCACUUCUAAACAAUUUCGUUUCGUCUACCACUGCUUCUACUUCACGUCCAGACAAACUCAAUUUGACUCCUCCACAGUCCGAGAUGUCAAUCGCCAAUUAUAGCGACGAUUCAGACGGAGGAUUUGAUUCGAGAAGUGUUUCGAGAGCCGGCGGAUCGAACAGAGAUGGAAAAACGACUUCUCAUUCGGUUUCUUCGUUCACAAUAUUCAAAAUUUUUAUGUGCAAAAUAGUGAAGAAGGGUCUCCGGGAUUCAUUCAUAAUUCAUAUCUUCCUGCUCGUUUUUCAGUCUAAGGGCAUUCUUGCUGCUAACCAUCUCCACAUGUUCUCUCAUUCUAUUCUUUAUUUUUGA